UCCUAGGUCGCCAUUUUGGUGGAAAGUUUGGAAUUUCUGAUACACUGGUGGAGGGGGAGGAAAAAAAAGAAUAGAGAGGGAACGAAGUUUGACUUAAAGAAAAAUAAACAAUUAGUGAGGGAAGCGGAGUGAGUGAAAGGGGCGCGUGGAAGUGGAAGAAUAAGCUGCGGAGGAUACACGUUGAACUUUUACAUAUGUCACUCUAAGACGGGAUUUGUUAUUUUUCAGGUUCUUUGGGUCAGGUCGCUUUCUACACCUUUGCCACCACCGAUUCUAUUAGCAACAUUUUCCCAUAUUUAAAUUAUGCAUGACUCAGUCCUCCUUCUGAGUGGCUGAAUACUAAAUUAUAUACUUAGGUGGUAAGCCUUUGCAUUAUUUUUUUCUACCUUUCUUUUUUUAUAUAAAGUUCUGCAGUCAUUCAGAUACGUUCGUCGUUGAAAGUCCAGGAGUAACCGUGCGUCCGCUGUCCGGUUCCUGAACCGCGGCCACCGCGGGAGGCGGUUCUCUCCGGCGGCACCGGGGAUAUAGUCGCCGGAGCGCGGAUUGGCGCUCCUUCGGGUCAGAGUAAGAGCGGCUUUGGCUUGUCGGCUGGAGGAAGAGAGGGAGGGGGAAAGAGAGAGAGAUAGCCGACGUCGGUUCGCCCAGCCGAACCGAGCCGUGCGAAAGUGUCCCGCCGUCGCCGAGGGAAGAGUUUUGCCCGGUGCGAGAACAUUUCAACAGGCUAGCGAGCGAGCGCAGCCUUACUAGCUAGUCCGCUAGCUGGCUAGCCUAAACAUGCCGGUGCGUAAGAAAGAUGCAGAACGGGCACUGGUGCUCCUGGAGGAGUACCGCAGGAAGCUCACUCAGACCGAGGACCGGCAGCUCAGGCACUCCGUCGACAGGGUCAUUGACAUCUUCCAGAGCAACCUCUUCCAAGCUCUAAUAGAUAUCCAAGAAUUUUAUGAAGUGACCUUACUGGACAGUGAGAAAUGUGUGGAGUCUCUCAAACCAGCCGAGCCCACGGCCUCUGUGAACCUGUGGGAUUUCUCCAGCCUUCAGAGUACAACUGUGACUUCAGAAACCCAGCCCAGCAGCCUUAGCACCAGUAUAGAGAAAUACCGGCACCAGGAUGAAGACACGCCACCCCCGGAACAGAGCUCCCCGCCGCCCCCUGGCGAGCCCCCGGGCCCCGAACUGGUGCAGGUAUCUGAGAAGAACAUCUCUCAGAUUGAGAAUGUACACGGCUUCGUCUCCCACUCGCACAUCUCCCCCAUGAAGGUAGAGUCCUUGGAGUGCAUCUUCGACGGGCCUUCCGCGUUAGGAGGCGAGGAGAUCCCGACCUCCGCCUACUCCACCCUGUACUCACAAAGCGAUGUGCUGUUGCAGGAGACAGAUGCUGUUCCUCCUUCUGCUCCCAUAAUCCCCGUGAUCCCUAUAUCGCCCAUCCCAGCCAAGACCCCUGUCAUCUCUUCACCCACGUCACAGGCCAAUCCUCCGCCUGUUCUGGUGAACACCGACAGCCUGGACUCGCCGUCAUACGUCAAUGGAACAGAAGCUGAUUAUGAAUAUGAAGAAAUCACACUUGAACGGGGCAAUUCAGGCCUGGGCUUCAGCAUCGCCGGCGGUACAGACAACCCCCACAUCGGCGAAGACCCCAGCAUCUUCAUCACCAAAGUUAUCCCCGGGGGAGCAGCGGCCCAAGACGGCCGGCUCCGGGUCAAUGACUGCAUAUUGAGAGUGAACGAUGUGGACGUGCGAGACGUCACUCACAGUAAAGCCGUAGAAGCCUUGAAAGAGGCCGGGUCUAUAGUCCGGCUUUACGUCCGGAGAAGGAAACCGCACUCAGAGAAGGUGAUGGAGAUCAAGCUGGUGAAAGGCCCGAAGGGUCUGGGCUUCAGCAUAGCCGGGGGUGUGGGGAACCAGCACAUCCCCGGGGAUAACAGCAUCUACGUCACCAAGAUCAUCGAGGGCGGGGCCGCGCACAAGGACGGGAAGCUGCAGAUAGGAGACAAACUGCUGGCUGUGAACAGCACUCCCCUCGAGGAGGUGAGCCAUGAGGACGCGGUCACGGCCUUGAAGAACACCCCGGACGUCGUGUACCUGAAGGUGGCCAAACCUACCAGCGUCUUCAUGAACGACGGCUUCGCUCCCCCUGACAUCACCGCCUCUUACUCCCAGCACGUGGAGAACCACGUCAGCCCCCCUGCGUACCUGGGCCAGCCGGUCGUCACCAACACCACCACCUCCACCUUGGGGCGCUGCUCUCCCAGUCCCCCCAAGGCCCUGGCUGGGGAUGAGGAUCUCACACGGGAGCCCCGGAAGGUGGUGCUGCAUCGAGGCACCACUGGGCUGGGCUUCAACAUCGUGGGCGGUGAGGACGGAGAGGGCAUCUUCAUCUCCUUCAUCCUGGCCGGGGGGCCGGCUGACCUGUGCGGGGAGCUGCGGAAAGGGGACCGCAUCGUGUCGGUAAACGGGGUGGACCUCCGCAGCGCCACCCACGAGCAGGCCGCAGCGGCGCUGAAGAACGCGGGUCAGACAGUUACCAUCGUGGCGCAGUACAGACCUGAAGAAUACAGCCGGUUCGAGGCCAAAAUCCAUGACCUUCGGGAGCAGAUGAUGAACAGCAGCAUCAGCUCUGGGUCUGGCUCGCUGCGGACCAACCAGAAGAGGUCCCUAUAUGUCAGAGCGCUGUUUGACUAUGACAAGACGAAAGACUCCGGGCUUCCCAGCCAAGGCCUGAACUUCAAAUUCGGGGACAUUCUGCACGUGGUGAACGCCUCUGACGACGAGUGGUGGCAGGCGCGGCAAGUGACCCCCGAUGGGGAGGUGGAGGAGAUAGGCGUCAUUCCCAGCAAGCGAAGGGUGGAGAAGAAGGAGAGAGCUCGGUUAAAGACAGUCAAGUUCAACUCCAAAUCGCGAGACAAGGCGCAGUCAUUCAAUGACAAGCGUAAAAAGAAUCUCUUUUCCCGAAAGUUCACUUUCUACAAGAACAAGGACCCAGGCGAACAGGAAACGAGCGAUGUCGACCAGCAUGUCACUUCUAAUGCCAGCGAUAGCGAGAGUAGCUACCGUGGCCAAGAGGAGUAUGUACUGUCAUACGAGCCAGUCACCCAACAGGAAGUGAACUACACCCGACCCGUGAUCAUUCUGGGACCCAUGAAGGACAGGAUAAACGAUGACCUGAUCUCGGAGUUCCCCGACAAAUUCGGCUCCUGCGUUCCCCACACGACCAGACCAAAGCGAGAAUACGAGGUAGACGGCAGAGACUAUCACUUUGUCGCCUUGAGAGAACAGAUGGAGAAAGACAUCCAGGAUCACAAGUUCAUCGAGGCGGGCCAGUACAAUAACCACUUGUAUGGGACCAGUGUCCAGUCUGUGCGUGAGGUGGCAGAGAAGGGCAAGCACUGCAUUCUGGAUGUCUCGGGAAACGCCAUCAAGAGGCUCCAAAACGCCCAGCUGUAUCCCAUCGCCGUGUUCAUCAAACCAAAAUCGGUGGAGAACAUCAUGGAGAUGAACAAAAGGCUGACGGAGGAGCAGGGCAAGAAGACGUUUGACAGGGCCGUGAAGCUGGAGCAGGAGUUCAUGGAAUAUUUUACCGCCAUCAUCCAAGGGGACACCCUGGAAGAGAUUUACGAGCAAGUUAAGCAGAUCAUGGAGGAGCACUCUGGGCCCUACAUAUGGGUACCAGCCAAAGAGAAAUUGUGAAGAGGCUUCAAGUUCUGCUGUCUCUCUUUGUCCAUUUUAUUUAUUUUUUUAAUGGCCUGCAGUGUUUUAAUGUCCCCCCCCUUUUACUCCUUUAUUCCAAGCUUCCAAAUCCACAGGCCCCUUUGCCGUGCGUUUGUCAGUGGGGUCACGACCUUUGCUAGGCCCCAGCGCACCCCCCACCUUCCUUAAACUCUAGCUGUCUCCUCAGGACUGAGUUCUCCUAUGGGUCACCACAGCUUCCUGCUAAGGGUUAAGGGCAGCGCCUGUCCAGCUACAAUAUGUGGGUUUUUUUACGGUACAUUUCCUUAAUGUUUAAGGGAGGCGACUUUUGGAAAAAAAAAAAAUUACUUGGAUGCAUUAUAUACAACUGUCUCUUAGAUUAAUUUUAUGACAAUGGAAAGAUGUCUCAGACUUUAAGUCACACAGAGCAGAACUUUUGCACGUUUCAGCUUCAGCAGCAUGUUCUGGACAUUUACUUUCUCGUCAGUCCGCCCUCCUUCCCAUAAUUUCUACCGAUCUGUAUUUUUCGUGGUCCUUUACUGCAAUCCAUCCAUCAUAGCCGAGUUUUCUUUUAUCGUACCAUUGCAUACACGAGCAUACUGCCCCCCCCCCCCGCUCUCCUCCACAUUGAGUCACUGUUUGUGUUGAUCUGCACGGAUGCUAAAGAAACGUGUGUGUGUGUGUGUGUGUGUGUGGGUGGGUGGGUGGUACAUGUUAGAGCAUUUCCCAGGUGGUUUUCUGAAGCUACAACCUACUGUCUUAUUUAAACCUGCUUUUAUCACUUUGACCUUUGAUAGCUUUCAUUACAUUUAGGUGCUCUGGAACAUUCUUUAAAAAUACUUUAAAACUCAUAAUCUAGGAAUGGCAAUUUUUAGAAAUGGUGUCCAUUGGUUAGUUGGAAACGAAAUGCAAAAACCUAAAGAAUUUAUUGUAUGCUGAGAUUUUAACAGAUAUUUAACCCUCCGUAAACUGCCUAUUUUGUUAUAAUAAAAGUCUAUAUUGAACUUUAAAGACUACAGCUAUGGGGAAUAUUUUCUUUACAUUGUUAAACAUAUAUAUAUGGAUCUAUACAAAAAUGAAUAUAUUUUUCUUUUCUUUACCGCCACCUACUUCUCAGUUUAUUUUCCUCCUUAUGCUUUAACUUUGAAACUGUAAAAUAGUGAUCCCAACAGAACAUAAUGUAAUGUGGUGGCAGAGCAAAUGUAUUUGGUACGAGACCGUCACAAAUGGAUUAACCUUGGCAGCUAGUUCAUAUCUCUGCCAUUUUAUGUGAAUUAUCUGUGCGCCUCUUCAUGUCGCAUGCAUGGUUUUUAAGUCUAGGACUUGCCGAAAAUGUGCGGGGUGGAGGGAGGGGGCAAAUCCUGCUUUGUGUCACCCCCUAGCCUUGCAAAGUGUUCCUAGUUAAAAAAGCAGCCCCGCGCAGGACUGUGCAGGUUACUGUCAUAUGGAGACCGUGCGCAACUUGAACGACAAGUUUGGAGACACGCUUUGUAAUGGAAGUCUUUAGUCCUUCCAGCAGGGGGCGCUCUGUCCUGCUCCCCUGAACAUUAUGUUUUUGGAGAUGAUCGUUUUCUAUCAGACUGCUUCGUUACCACCUCAUCAUCGCUUUAUAACUUGGGACUCGGAUAUGUAAAUAAACUACCAAUACGAUUCAUUCCAUUUGUCAAAAGAGGAGAACAGCUAAUAAUAAUAAAAAUGAACUUUCUCAUGCA